GCGCCGGGUCUGUCCAGCGUGCGGAGGCGACGUGCUGGGCCGCGGUUCAGACGACCAUUUUCGCCGCGGCGGCCCAUCCCUGUCGCCUGGUCCUAGCGGCAGCUCCACUGUAGAUUUUUUGGGCUCAGGUUUUUUCGGUUGCACCAUCUUGCGCUGCUCCAGGCAGCGACACUGAUUCCGACCACUGCCGCCGCGCACUCCGCCCUGCACGAGACCGCCAGCAUGCCCGCCGCCGUUUCCUCUCGCACGCCCAAGGCCGCCAAAGCUGCCCGCGACGCCGCACCGCCCGCCAAAAAAGCCCGCCUCGCCCAGCCGCCCGCGGCCACCCGUCCGAACGGCCUCAAGUCUCUGCUCAGCGGAGCCGCCGCAAAGCCCACUGCCAAGAUCAACGGGGCCCAGCAUGCGCGCACCACCCGCGUCGACGAGUCCGCUGCCGUCGUGGGCGGCGGCCAGGCCGGUCAUGGUGACGUCGACAUGGAGGAUGCCGCACCGGACGUGAUCGAGAUCAGCAGCGCCGAGGAAGAGAGCCACUACUCCAGCUCCGACGACGACGCCGCCGACGAUGCUGCCCCUGCCGUCAACGGCGACCGCGACGACGUCGACCGCCCCAUCGACGACGAGACCGCCGACCCAGAGGAGCUCUCGUUUGGCGACAGGCUGCGCGCCCAGGAGCCCGAGCCCGUCCAGGAAUCGCGCAUUGUCGACGUAGAGACCACAUUCGGCGCAAGCAACGCAAGAACACUGGCUACCGCGUCGAGCAGCCGUCCGCUCGCCGCACCCUCCACCUCCUCCCUCGGGACCGUCCUCACCCAAGCUCUGCGGACAAACGACCAAGAGCUGCUCGACUCCUGUCUGCGAGUCAUUGACAUCGACACAAUCUACGCAACAGUCGAACGCCUCCCCUCGCCCUUGGUGGGCAAUCUGCUCCAGAAGCUGGCCGAGCGCCUGCACAAGAAGCCUGGCCGCGCUGGCGUGCUCAUGGUGUGGGUACAGUGGUCACUCGCUGCCCACGGUGGCUAUCUUGCGAGCCAGCCCCAGCUGGUCCGACAGCUCGCAACACUGAACAAGGUGCUGAAGGAACGCGCAAGUGGACUGCAGCCUCUGCUCUCACUCAAGGGUCGAUUGGAUAUGCUACAAGCCCAGCUUGAGCUGAGACGGAGAAAUCAGAAGAAGGCUGCUGGUGACGACGAGGACGAGGCAGUCAUCUACGUUGAGGGCGAGGACGACUACGAAUCAUCAGCCGAUGAGGACGACGCGCCCGAUAGCACACGGAAGAGGAUACGAGACGUCGACGCCGACGACGACGACGCAGAGAGCUCAGAUGAUGAGAUGCCUACAACAAUGGAUGUCGACGAGGAUUCGGACGAGGGCAGCGAGGAUUCUGAGGGUCUGAUUGAUGACGAGGCUGAAGAGACCGAUGAUGAUGCCGGCGACGACAUGUCCGAGCCCAUGAGUGACGACCUGGAUGACGGCGAGGGCGUUUCCAGUGAAGAGGAAUCGAAACCAGCAAAGAGGUCUACAAUUGGUCGUGCUGGCUUGAAAAGCCGCCGUUGAUCGUGGCAUAGAGGACACGUUAUGUAAGGAUGUACUGGCGAUUCGCGGCUUAUAAAAGUCGCUCACAUACUUCGCUGCCUACACUUGUCGUAUUCCCUGCUUUAGAUGGUUGUUUAAGGGCUUGGAUUGUCCCACAUCCGGGCGUUACUAUGGAUUGGAAAAGCGUCUCCGCCUACGACGCUUGCACUUGGUGUUUGCAUAGCGCUGGAAUAUACUGUCACGUCUUGCUCCGUUCCUUUGUUACCUGUGUGCCGUUAAGUUUGCUCACGCCUGCAGUUCCAUAUCCUGAAAUCCCUCGCCUCUCUUCGAUCUUACUACCCACAAGUAUGUGCUGCCUCUAAUGUUCUCGGUCGAAGC